AUGACUGCUGUCUUUAAACAUGGAGACCUGAUCCAAAAGUUGCUAAAUGACACUGAUGCAAGCCAGGAGGUCGAGUCUGUUCCUGAUCGUUGCUUUAUAUACAGGGUGCCUGAAUGUAUUCGAACAGGAAAUGAAGAACUUCACACUCCUGUGUUAAUUUCUAUUGGUCCUCUUCAUCAUAACAAACAAAAAUUGGCCGUUAUGGAAAAUAAGAAGAAACAGUAUGUGAAAAGUUUUCUUCAACGAACAACAUUUCAGAGAAUAGAUCAUAUUCUAAGUUUUAUCAAGGACAAUGAAAAAACCAUCCGUGCUUGUUAUGCAGAAGCAUCCACACUUGGGAGUUCUGAGUUUGUGAUGAUGAUCCUAUAUGAUUCUAUCUUCAUCAUUGAGCUCUUCCUUAUAGAGAAAUUGCAAGAUCGAUGUGACAUAUCAGCAGAUAAAAUUUCACUAUGCAGAGACUUGCUGUUAUUGGAAAAUCAACUUCCACACUUUGUGCUUCAGGGAAUAUACAAGUUAGCUGUCGAUGGCAGUGACAUAAAUUUUCCCUUCAUGGAGCUUUCUCGUAACUUCUUUGCGCGAUCAACAAGUGUGGAGCAAAGUGGCGUCUUUUCGGAUUUCACACGUGUGGAGUCAAGUACAUUCUCGGCCGAGUCAGUUAAACAUUUCACAGAUUGGAAAAGAAUCAUUCUGCUCAAAGGGUACCUAACAUUUCAGGUCUUGUCCGAUCGGAUCGACAAUUUACCUUGUGCAGUGAAGCUUUAUGCGUCAGGAGUAAAGUUUAAGAGUAUUACUAACGCACCAUAUCGGAGUUUAUUCAAGGUAAGUUUUGAAAAGCAAAAGCAGCUGAUACCAUUUUUUGAAGUUCUUGAAUUGAAAAUACCACAUUUUCUAGUAGAUGAGAGGACCGAACAUCUACUCGGAAACAUUAUUGCUAUGGAGAAGUGUCUUUAUCCAGAUAAAGCUCGGGUUUGCAAUUAUGUUGAACUGAUGGCCUAUCUUAUGAGAACUGAAGAGGAUGUGGAUUUGCUUGUUAAAAAAGGAAUAAUUUCCAAUAAAAUGAGUAACAAUGCUUCAGUGGCAAAUAUGUUUAAGAAACUUAAUGUACUUCAUGGACCAUCGCCAUACUAUGGGGUAUGCGAGGAGCUCAAAAAGCACUACAACAAUCCGUGGAACAGAGCCAAGGUAAAUUUGAAAACAGGAACUUUGAAAAGAGUAUAUCAACUGUUGCGGCAAUAA